CGGCUGCAGCAGGUGGCUCAAUCAUCAGGUGGAAUAUUGUCCCCGACAGCAGCUCUCAGAUCAGCCAUGAUCCAGCUCCUCGCGCUCCUGCUGCUGCUGAGCACGAGCGGCUCAGCUCUUCACAACGACGCCACAGAGUCAGUCCACGCGAAUCCACCUCAACAGCCUGAAGAGGAGCCGGCGGAGAGAGACCUGAAUCAGGCGAGGAACGGCGGGAGACGGCUGGCUGACUCUGUGCGUAACGGCCCGGACCAGAGCCAGGUGGGCUGCAGGGAGCUGAGGUCCACGAAGUACAUCUCUGAUGGCCAGUGCACCAGUGUCAACCCCAUCAAGGAGUUAGUGUGUGCUGGGGAGUGUUUGCCGGCCCACCUCCUGCCCAACUGGAUCGGCGGGGGAGGUGGGGUUUACACCGGGAGGCACUGGAGCCGGCGCGAUGCCCAGGAGUGGCGCUGCGUCAUCGACCGAACCAGAACCCAGCGGAUCCGGCUACAGUGCCAGGACGGCAGCUCCCGGACCUACAAGAUCACCGUGGUGACCUCCUGCAAGUGCAAGCGCUACUCCAGAGAGCACAAUAACUCGGGACACAAGGACAUGCCCGUCCACAGCGGGAAGGAGAGAAAACUUCAGAGGAAGGCUGGACCGCCUCAGGAGGAACCUGGGAUGCAGUCCGACAACUAACAAAGGAACUUCAUCAGGGAGUGUAUGGAGGAAGAAAAGGUGUGCCGAGCUGAUAAUGAAUGAGCGAUGUCUUCAUUAGGAUCCCCAUUAGCAUGAGCAUUAGACAUUCUUUAGUCACGUGAACACAACAAACAACUCUUAUAAUUGAAUUAGCAAACAAGAUGAAGAUCAUCCUGCACCAUCGUUAACCCAAAACGAAAUUAACAAUCAGAAAUUCCUCAAAAAUGAAUGGCACACUAAAAAUAAAGUUGUAAUUUGUGACAAACAUAAAUAUUAAACAAUCCUGCCUCUACAGAAAUUCCAAGAAAAUGUGGUAUUUCUUUAAAGAAAUAUUGGUACUGCUUUACAAUAAUACUACCCUUAUAAAGGGUUUAUGAAUAGUUUGUAAUUAAUUAAUUAAUUAGGUUGUGAACACUCUAUAAAUCAUUAAUAAGCUUUUAUAAGACAAGAGAUAAACACGGCAACUGUGACCGGUUGCUUGCCAAAUAGUGAGCCCACAUUUAUCUGUACUGCUUAGCCUUAUAUUGGCUACUAAGCUUACUUUGUCUUCUUCAUCAGCAAGCAUCCUUGGUAUCUGUUGUUCACUGAGUUAAUUCUCCCCCCGAGGCUGGCUGAUGAAGAAGACGAAGUAAGUUAGGUAGCCAAUAUAAGGCUAAGUCAUCUUGCCAAAUAGUGAGCCUGUGUUGAUGUACGAAAGCUAUGUUAGAACCGUUUCAUAAAUGUUCUUAAUGAUUAAUAAAGUGUUUACAACCUAGUUAAUAAUCUAAUUAUAAACCCUUUAUCAAUCCUUUAUAAGGGUAGCCUUAUUGUAAAGUGCUACCGAGAUGGUAAUCUCUUAUUGUGACACAUAUUUCAAGAUUAGUCUGUGGCUCAAAUCACAGUUUAGCAAGAAGAAGAGAAUAACAUUACAUCAACCCUUAUUCUAUUUUUCCAGAGUGAGAUGUUCAGAUUGAUAUAAAUUACGUCUCAGUUUGUUGAGGAGUCAAAUGUUUAUUAGCCUAGCUUAGGCAUUUAGCCGGAAGCAGGGGGAAACUGCUCCAUCCGAAAGUAUGACCACCUAGGAAGCUUAACUAUUUGUAUUGUUGUUUACUCUGUACACAAAAAUGAAUGUAAAAAUCAUUAUUUGGCUUUAAGGUGAAAUAUUGUGCUGGGACAGUUAACACUUUGGUCAAAUGCCGGCCACUUCUGUAGCAUGGCAGUGUCCCACUGUGAUGAAGGACCUCAGGAAGGGGCACACAGUCCCUGCCGCUGUCUGUUGUUCAUAAGCAAUAGCCAAAUUAAACAAAACAAAUAAAAGUAGUGAGUUUUACACCUUUUCUCCCACAAUGAGUACAGAACCAGGCUCCCUGUUUCCUAUUGCCUCCUGUCUUUCUGCUAAACUAAGCUAUCUACAUGACUGGCAUCAAUUGAAAUAAUUUGCAUGUCUGAGAAAAUAUAUGAUCACAUUAUAUUUAGAGGAGGUCUUUCAUGCCAAAUGUGCAUGUCAAACUUUGCCAUUACAGACACUGAGCAGCUGUGCUCUGUUAGCCAUUGCGAAAAUGCAAAACACUGAUUUUAAAGUUAAAAAGAAAUGUAUUAACCUGAUGCCAAACACACUGACAAUCCUCCAGUGGGAUUCUGGCAAGGGCAGGAACUAUAACGGUGAUCAUUUUACUGCAGAGAAGACUGGAGGAAAAGUUGACUUUGUGCCAAUCUAAAAUCCCAUUAAUCCAGCAGGAUUUAAAGAACAUUUAAGAGUGUCACAAAUCAGAUUUGACAUGCUGUAUGAGGAUUAUUUCUUCCCUGUUCUUUAAUAGUGACAAUGAUUUUAAUUUGUUUUCCCCCUCUGACUUUGUGGUAGCACACAAAGAUGAUAGUUGUUACAGGAAAUGAAAGGCAGGUGUUGGUUUUUAAUCACUUUAAAUGCAGAUUUCAACUACUUCAGCUAAAGUGGAAGUUUGACCUUCAGGAUAGUUUUACAAUGAUCAACACCAUAUUUCUUAUAAAAAUGUAAUCCUUACGGUUACUUUGAAACAAAAUGCUGUUGCAAAGGACGUAUAUAAACACAACUUACUGGAGACAGUUCUGAGUUUAUAACGUUUUAAACAAGUAGCUUCUCAUUCAUGCUUGAUGUGCACAUUUUGAACUGCUCUCAGAGUGCUGCUCUGUCACGUUUUAUUCUGCAACGUACAGCAGGUGUGUUUCCUAUAGAGCGUGAAAAUAAUAAAAACGAUUAUCUGUUGCAUAAUUAAAGCUCAACAGACUUUGGAUGCAAGACUUGUGAAACAUAAUGUUGCAAUGGUUUAUCAAAUGUGAAGUUAGAUGUAUUCAAUAGAGUGAUACUUAGUUAGCGUGAGUGUUAUGUACAAUAUGUGGGUACAUCUUUAUGGGUUUUUCAGAGUGGAUAGUAUACAGUUUAUUUUUGUACCAGUUCUUUUUUACAUUUAUAAUAAAAACAACAAUACUGUUUACAGGGCUGUGUUUGUGUCAUACUGCUGCAGGCAUGCCAGACAGGCUCAGAGCUAACAGGAACUCUCGAACAACAGAGGCAUUAGUGAGUGAUGAAACUCUUUUCAUCAGAUGCCACACUUUGUGUUACUGUGAAGGGGAUACCUUCCCCUCCAGGCUACUUGGGGCUUGUUCCAGCUGCCGUAACAUGUUAACACUCUUUAUUGUUUCAUAUAUCCGUUCAUGUUUUCCCCCUCUGAAAGCUGUGAGCUGAGGCAGCGGUGAAUAGAAUCACCUGCCCUGGACCACAGCAGGAUGUUUGACUUGUCUUACCUGCACGGGGAAAGUAAGUGAUGUCCCUUUGUCGAUAAUACCCUGUGGGUACAGAACAAUGCCAAGUCGAGGAAUGUUGACUAGACGGUGGGGGACAAUUCUUACAACAGGAUGUGUAUAGGUGGUUGCAAAAACGUGUUGCCUAACGUGAAAAUAAAUGCAUUUACCCAAAUAA